AUGCUCAGUGAACCUGCUUCCCCAUACGCAUUUUGUAAAGAUUUGCAGAACCUAAUCAUUGUAACAGAAGAGCAAAUCAUUUCACCUUUGCGUAAAGAGUUAAAAAGAAGUGAUGAACAUUCCGAAAUUUUAUCACUUGAGAUACAAGACGCUGAGAAUAAAACUUUUGAAUAUUUAGCCCAGCAAAUUUCAGCUAUUUGUAAUGCUGAUGAAGAUACAGCUAAUGCCAUUCUGCGUGAAUAUCCAAAAUCGGAAGUUUGCUUUCGAUGUCUCGGUAUAAAUGAUGACACUAUACAGGGCCUUCUUCGUAUUCGUGGUAUUGGCUUUCUACAAUUGUUAGAUAUGCCUGACAGUGAAGUGAGAACAAUCUUACAAAAUUAUGGUGAUUAUGGUGAGGAAGUUGAUCAUGUACUUGCUGGUCUUGCAAAAAUACGCGGGAAUAUUGAUCUCAUUGAAAGUGACUUAGCAUUUGAAGAUGAUACCAGGAACUUAAUCAAAUUGGUGAUGCGUUUGUCUGACGAUGAUUCUGAAGUUGAAGAACUGAAUAAUAUCCUUAAUGCUCAAAUUUACGAAGAAAGAAAGGAUCCUCGUAUACCUCCCUUAUAUGUUACUGGCCCUGAAGAUUCUCCUUUUAUUAACAAGGAAAUGUCUGCACAAAACUCGUCUCAUAAAAAUACCAAAGUAGUUGUUUGCUCUCAUUUAGAGCACGAUACAUCCUGUGGAAAUCUUAUUAGCCAUUCCAAUUCCGAUAAUAUUAAUACAUUUAAAACUGGUUGUGAUGUCAACUACAAUGGCUGUAGUUCGUUUACUUCCCCACAUGCUUCCAGUUGUAUCACCAUAAAUAGUCCACAGAAUGUCACAAAUAAAUCUGAAUCCGGAAAAUUGUCCAAAACUGAUUUUAAGACAUUUAAUCUCAUUCCGGGUAUAUCUGAUUCGAAUAUUCCUUCAGAAGUUGAUCUACAUAAUGGCGGGCUUUCAGUACCUUCUACUCCCAUUUCUUAUAAAUUAUCCUCGACCAUUUUAACACCCUCAAAUCUUUUUAAAGCAGGCCGUCAUACACUACCAAAUGAAGUAAUCUCACUUUCUCCCGGUGGGCGUCGAGCAGGCAAUCAUUCGUCUCGAGAUCGCGAGCAUCAAACUCGUCAGGCAGGGACUCCGCCACCCAAACAUCGUUUAAGAUUUUCUUCUCCGCUUCAUCGUAGCAAGUCUCAUGAGUCUAAUCUUGCCAAUCGUAUUAUUUUACCUGCCCUCCCAAAUGUACCACAGUUCCACCAAGAAACAAACUCUUCCUGUUAUAUCAGUAGACCACAACUAUUUUUAUAUAAUCCGAUUUCCCCAGACGCCUCCAGUAAUUUACACAACGAUUAUUUCAAUUAUUCUGAGUGUAUAAAUGGCGGUCGACCGUGUAUAACUACUACUCAAUGUGGUGUAUGUAUUAGCAGCGAUGUUAUUUCAAAUGGGAAUAAAACAGUUUCAACAUUUUAUAAUACUUGUUCCAUUAGUGAUAGUACUUCCACACUUGUCACAAGUCCACGUACCUACGAUCAAGGUCGACGUGUGUCUUGUGAAUAUCGACCAUCAAAGACUAAUUUACAACCUUCAAUGACUACAUCUGCAGAUAGUGAUAAUUUAUUAGGUAUCCUUAAUGUUCCGACUAACUCAGGUGGGGCCACAUUUGUUCUCAGUGCAAGUGGAUUUAUGCACAAAUUCGAAUUAAAAUCUAAAUUUGGUGAUUUUGUUAAAGGUACUCCAUGCGCUGUUUGUAAUAAUCGAAUGCGAUUUCGUCUACAACAUUGUGCUUACUGCAAAAUCAAAGUACAUAAAAGUUGCAUUUCUCAUUCAAGACGACUUCCUUGCACAGGAGCUUCCAGUGGAAAAAACAAUGAAUUACACGAAUUCAAAGGUAAUCCAUUUUAA